UUUGAUAUUUUUACAGGUCUUAUGAAUCGAGACUAUGAAAUUGUAACAAGCAGAGCAGUGAGUGAAAUAAAUCAUUAUGAUGGUACCGGAGCAGCAAUGAGCAUUGCUGCUAACAGGGUCUCAUUCACAUUUAAUCUGACUGGACCAUCGCUGACGAUUGACACUGCAUGUUCGUCUUUUCUUUUUGCACUGCACUACGCCUUGCGAGCAAUUAAAUCAGGAGAUUGUGAGGCAGCAAUCUGUGGUGGAGUGAACUGCAUAAUAGAUCCCCGCACCUUUGUAUCUCUCAGUAAAGCGAAAAUGAUCUCUCCGGAGGGAAUAAGCAAACCCUUCUCCAAAAAGGCUGAUGGCUAUGGAAGGGGAGAAGGCUGUGGUGUUGUUUUCCUCAAACCACUGAAAAAGGCAAAGGAAGACUACAGCAAGAUCUGGGGUGUUAUAAACGUCAGUGCAGUAAAUCAGAACGGUAGGUCCAUGACUCCAAUCACAAGACCGUCUCCAAUAGAGCAAGAGAAGUUACUGCGCAGCAUUUAUGGAAGUCACGUUGAUCCAUCAGUUGUGCAGUACGUUGAAGCCCACGGUACAGGAACUGCUGCUGGAGAUCCUACUGAAGCUGAAAGCCUGGGUAGUGUCAUUUGUAGAAACAGGUCUUCACAAGUCUCCAUCCUGAAGAUUGGUUCAGUGAAAGGAAAUAUUGGCCACACUGAAUCAGCUGCUGGAGCAGCAGGGUUAAUCAAAGUGCUUCUGAUGAUGCAUCAUGGAAAGAUUGUCCCAUCCUUGCAUUACUCGAAGGAGAUGAGCAGCAUCGAUACAGAGAAAUUAAACCUUGCAGUUCCCACAAGUGUAGAGCCCUGGGAAGAAUCCAGUGAGUAUGGAAGAGUAGCUGGCAUCAACUGCUUUGGAUUUGGAGGAACCAAUGCUCACGUUGUAGUCAGGCAGAUCAAGCAGCUAGAGCCUCUUCCUGCCUUUAAGAGGCCCCUUGAAUUAGUUCUGCUCUCAGCAGCAUCAAGUAAGUCCCUUCAGAUGACAAUGGCCGAUACAGCUGAGCAGCUGAGCACAAGAAACUCUGUCACUCUCCCAAGCCUGGCCUAUACAUCUGCCUGCAGAAGAAGCCAUGCCAACUAUAGGUACCGGAAAGCGUUUGUCACAAAUUCUCUCCAACACUUGCAGCAAGAGGUGAUGUCGGCAGCGAGCACUGAACUUGCCAUGUCAAAGGUGGAACCGCAGCUGGUGUUUGUGUUCUGUGGCAAUGGCGUAACGCUGAAGGAGUUCAGUGAGGUACUGCUCAGCUCAGAGCCAGUGUUCAGAGACAAGUGUAAGGAAAUAGAAGCGCUUUUUCAGAAACACGCUCCCAUCAGCCUCCUGCCGGCAAGAGGUCACAGCCCAAAGGAUUUGUUGAAUCCAGAGCUUUCGCAGCCCUUGCUUUUUACCCUGCAGGUUGCCUUAGCUUGCCUUCUGAAAUCCUGGGGCAUCAAACCAGUCACUGCUGUUGGCCACUCGGUAGGGGAAGUUGCUGCUGCGCAUUUUGCUGGGUACCUUUCCCUGGCAGAUGCAGUCAAAGUGAUUUAUCACCGGAGCCGGCUGCAGGCAAAGACUGCCAGUGGCAGAAUGCUGGUGGUUGGGAACAUCCCUGUUCAAGAGAUUGCUGAAUGUCUGCAUCGCUACUCGGGAAAGGUGUGCAUUGCAGCUUUCAACAGCCCGGUCUCCUGCACCUUGUCUGGGAAUUCAGACUCUGUGGAUGCUGUCCAGAGAGAUUUAGCUCAAGCUUUCAGCCAGAGAAACAUCUUUCUUCAUGUUUUAAAUGUCCCAGCUGCGUACCACAGCCCCAGCAUGGAUGUGAUACUUGGGGAGUUGGAAGAGAACAUACAGCCUUUAGAAAAACAGAAGGGGGAAAUUGAAGUGAUUUCAUCGCUGACUGGGGUGGCUGCUUCUGGAAACGACUUUGCUCAGGGCAAAUUCUGGGCCCGGCAUACUCGUGAGCCUGUUGCUUUCACUCAAGCCAUCAAAACUGCAGCUAGAGACAGGGAAAACUUGGUGUUUGUGGAAAUAAGUCCUCACCGAGCAUUGCAGAGAAGCAUAAAGGAAACUCUAGGAAAAGGCACAAAGGUGUUCUCUUCUUUGCAAACUGAUGCGGAGUAUCAGACACUCUUCAGCCUGGUAGGAAAUCUGUUUGAGCUGGGAUAUAAUCCCAACUGGCAGCACUUUUAUAACGGAUAUCAAAGCGUCCCAGUGGCCAUUCCGCGGUAUCAAUUUGAUCGCAAAAAACUCAUGGCCUGUCUGGAUAUCCAUCAACAAGCAAACCAAAGAGGUGUCAGUUCCAGUCAUCCUUUGAUUUAUGGCAUAAACAGUGACAACACGGAGUUUGGCUGCCUGCUGUCUCAGGACAUGACAUCGUACUUAUAUGAGCACAAGAACAACGGUGUGGCUUUAGUCCCUGGUGCUUUUUAUGUGGAGCUUGGCCUGGCCUCUGUCAUGAGCAGCUCAAGACCUCGAGUGCCUCUGAGUACUUGCCAGAUGAGUAUCAGUUUUUCUGCGCCGUGUGUUCUCUCACAGGGUUCCCAAGUCUUGAGUAUCAAGCUGAGUCCGCAAAAAGCAGUGACAGCCUUUGAGAUAGUCUCUUCCUCCAACGCAGUUUAUGCUGCAGGCCACGUUACAAAGGGGCCUGAAGCUGUGGUGGAAGAAAGCACUAUCUCCUUCCAAGACAUCUAUCAAAGAUGCAGGUCAGUGGUUAGCAGAGAGGAGGUUUAUGAAGCAUUGUCUCAGGUUGGCUUUCAGUAUGGUUCCAUAUUCAGGCAGCUCGGUGAUGUGCAUUAUUGCCAGGAACUAAAGGAAGCUAUAACAAGCAUCAAGGUGAACAAGGAGACUGUCAGAGAGAUGUACAGCUACUGUAUCCAUCCAGUGCUGCUCGACUGUUUUCUGCAGAUGACUGCUGUCAUGACCUCAAGGACGUUCCAGUCUAGAGCAGGCUUUCCUUCAGGCAUAGGCAGCCUGGUGGUGCUCCGACCGCUGGAGGAAGAAAUGAUGAUAUAUAUGAGAACAAGCAAAUCCAUUGGGAACUGCCUAGAGGUCUGUGGAUGCUUUAUGGACAAACAUGGCUCCGUUUUGGCUGAACUCAAGCGCGUUGCCAUCACUUUCAUGAAGCAAGCAUCUUCCAGAGACAAUGAGUUCAUGUUUGAAAACAAGUGGAAAGAAGUCUCUCUUUCACGGACAAUUGGAUAUGUGGGAGCUAUGCCCAGAGUCCUAGUGUUUGCUGACAAAUUUGGGAUAGCUGAGCAGCUCAAAAAAUAUUUGCAUCCUGGUUCGAGAUAUGUUAUGUAUGAAGACUGGGAAGCCCUCUUGGAAUAUCACACACACAAUAAAAUGAGAGCAGAGGUUGAGGAUUAUGAUGAAAUUCUGUUCCUGUGGGGAAUUCAAAAGGUAAACGAAGAGUUCCCAAGCAAAGUGGUAGACCAAUUAGCAAAGUGUUGUGAAGCAUAUCGCCAAGUUAUUGUGGCAUUAAGAGAGAAAACGUCCCGCUGUUCAGUCAGAGUGAUCACCUACAGAACAACAGAAAGAGAUGUAGACCACGUAAACUGUGGGUUUGCCUUGUAUGGCAUGACCAGAACUUGUGUCAUUGAAGUUCCAGAAAUCACGUUUCAGAUAAUUGACCUCAGCUCUUCCAGUUCCCUGGACAUCUCAGUGCUAGCAGAUGUUCUUGUCAAAUACAAAGGUGUGGACUAUCCAGAAGUUCGCAUCAGCCGAGGGAGAAUUUAUGUGGCCGAAAUCAGACGCACACCUUUUGUAGAUGCAGACUACAGCCAACCUGUAAGAUGUCUCCAGAAGGCAGAAACAUUCACUUUGUACACCUCUGAUCCGUACACAGCAAAAGACUUGUCUGCUGAAUUACCCACCAGCACUGCUACUCAGCUUGACAAACAGAGCGUUGAAAUUCAAGUGGACAAAAUUUGUCUCCACUCAGAAGACUAUUUUCCCAUCAGUGUUUCUAGUUGUAACUUUGGUAACACACUGUAUUGGAAUUCUCAAGCAGUAGACAAACACAGACUUUUAGCUCUUGAUUUCAGUGGCACAGUAACUGCAACAGGCAACGAUGUGAAGAAAGUUAAAGUGGGAGAUCGUGUAGUUUUGUGUUAUCCAGCUGCUGCAUCCUCCAGAGUUCGGAUUCCAGGAACAGUUUGUUUCAAUGUAAAGAAAUUCCCAUGCUUUCAGAAUGUCCCUUGUAUGUCAUACUUUAUCAUUGCAUGGGAAAUCUUCCAUCAGAGGUUACCCAAGGGGAAACAUGGCAGAACAUUGGGUAUUAUUUCUACAGAACCAUCAUCAGUUUUGUGCCAUGUUCUUUCUGCGGCAGCAGAAGCCAUGGGUUGGAGAACAGUACUUGCGAGGCCCACUCCUGAUAAGUUCCAGUAUAUAAACUUAUGCAAUGCCCUUGUUGUUCUUCCUCCAGUAAACAGGCUGUCUCCGGAGGAUCUGGCCCACAUGUACUUUCUUAAAGAUGUGGUGAUAGUGUGUGGCAAUCGACAGUCUGAAUGUACGCAGAAUGUCAGUGGAAUUGAUCAUGAAAAUAUCAGCUUUCAUACCCUUACACUUACC